UCGCCGAGCGGCUUGGCGCGCGCUGCCCGUGGUGCCAAGGCUGUCGCUAGCGCCUUGAACUGCUUUUUUGUCUACAUUCCCUUCUCUUUUACUUGCUCUUCAUUCAUUCAAAAUCUGUAUUAACAUUUACUGUAUGCCAGACACCAACUAGGUUGACAAAGUGAGAAAAGAUAGAAACGCCGCCCCCACGAUGCCCUCCUAAACUCAAACCGGUCGGGGGACGGAGAGAGACAGUCAUCAGAGAAUCGCUGCAAUAAGUUUCUGUUAUGACUUGUUAAAAUCAUGGUGAAAUGUUGCUCGGCCAUUGGAUGUGCAUCUCGCUGUUUGCCAAAUUCCAAGUUAAAAGGACUAACAUUCCACGUAUUCCCCACAGAUGAAAAUGUCAAAAGAAAAUGGGUAUUAGCAAUGAAAAGACUUGAUGUGAAUGCUGCAGGCAUUUGGGAGCCUAAAAAAGGAGACGUGUUGUGUUCAAGACACUUUCAGAAGACAGAUUUUGACAGAAGUGCUCCAAAUAUUAAACUGAAACCUGGAGUCAUACCUUCUAUCUUUGAUUCCCCAUAUCACUUACAGGGAAAAACAGAAAAACUUCAUUGUAGAAAAAACUUCACCCUCAAAACCCUUCCAGUCACAAACCACAAUCACCAGCUAGUUGGUACUUCCACACGUGUUGAAGAAUUCCAAACCCAGUUCAUUUUUUUGACCAGUGAGAGAGAGAGAGAAAGGGAACAUAGCUACAGCAUAAUGGACAGUCCAAAGAAACUUAAACAUAAAUUAGAUUAUGUGAUCAGCGAGCUAGAGGAUACCAAGGAAAGUCUGCGGAAUGUUUUAGAACGAGAGAAACGUUUUCAAAAAUCACUGAGGAAGACAAUCAGGGAAUUAAAGGAUGAAUGUCUGAUCAGCCAAGAAACAGCAAAUAGACUGGAUGCUUUCUGUUGGGAGUGUUGUCAGGAGGACAUAGAACGAGACUAUAUUCCAUAAAAUAAUUCAUGUUAUGUCCUACCUAACGUUGACAUUGGUACAGCUCUUUAGAAAAUAAUUCUCACUUAAUAAUAUCCAACAUUUAAAGUGCUUCUUUGGAUCCUCUGGAGCAUUAUGCAUUAUAGUGUUAUCUGUACUCUUUUUGAAGAUAUAUACAAGAAUUUGUGCAAGUUAUCAUGUUUUUGUGUGACUUGUGACAGUUAUGUGUUUAUAGACCUAAACUAGUGCCAGGUAACUAUUACAAGAUGUUAAAAUCUAAUGAUAAUUCUGCAGGACUAAGGAAAUGAUACCAAAUUAGCCACAUUAAACAGUAGUAGAAGGAACACUUCCUCAGCAGCAUCAGAUUUUUUAUAUCAAAAGAGUACCUUUACUUCCAUAUGCUUUAUGGUAAGUAUGUUGAGUUUCACUUUAAGUGUAUUUUACUAUAAACAGAAUUUACUUGUAAAUUCUGUUUAUAGUAA